CUCCGCCGCCCGCUCGCCGCCGCCGCCCGCCUGGCCCUGCCGCGCUCCGGCCCGCAGGUAUGCCUUGCUACAGGGCCCAGACAAGAUAAUGGCAUUUUCUACGAAAUUCGCACCUAUGAUAUUAAGCCAGCGAAGAUGAAGGAGUUUUUGGGAAUGAUCAACGAGCACUUGCACAUCCGCACAGCUCACUCAGAGCUGGUGGGAUUCUGGUACUCGGAGCUGGGAGCCAUGAACAAGGUGUUUCACAUUUGGAAGUACGAUAAUUUUGCCCACAGAACAGCAGUACGGCAUGCACUAGCAAAUGACAAAGAAUGGCAGGGAAAAUUAAUCUCUGCGAUUCUCCCCUUGGUAGAGAAGCAGCACAAUGAGGUUGCUUAUCUGGUGCCCUGGUGUCAACUUGGGAAGCCUCCAAAGGAAGGGGGUGUAUAUGAAUGGGUUACUUUCCAGAUGAAGCCUGGUGGGCCAGCAUUGUGGGGUGAAGCAUUUUGAGCUGCAAUCAAUGCUCACAUCAACACAGGAUAUACCAGGUUGAUUGGUGUUUUCCACACAGAAUAUGGAUUACUUAACACAGUCCAUGUGUUAUGGUGGAACGAGAGCGCAGAUCAGCGGGCAGCAGGAAGACACAGUGCCCAUGAAGAUGCCAGAGUUGUAGCAGCUGUGCGUGACAGUGUCAGAUUCUUGGAGUCCCAGCAAAAUGUGCUUCUGAUUCCCCUGCAAUGCUCACCACUGAAGUAGCCUUCUUCUAAAGGAUGUAACUGAUGGCAGAAGAGACAAGAUGGAAGUGCUGUCAGCAAGUGACAUGGAUUCCCAUACCCUCAUGAGCUGAGCUGUUCUUCUGUUGACAAAAAAAUAGAUGCAAACUAGUAAUGUAAAUCA